UACAAUAAGUUUGACAGCUCAGCUUUUUUCCCCCCCUGAGUGUGUGCUCACACGAAGAGUGGCAGCAGCAACAGAUAGCUCGAGUCUCCACCACAGGAGUUACUUUUCCCUUUUUUGUUGCUGAGCGUGCGUCCCUACGUCUCCUGCUGGCUAUGAGGAAUUUUAUGUCUGCGUAGGUUUGGUCACCGCUCCCACUUGGACCUGUUUUUUGGGGAGGGGGGGUUUGGCAUCGGUGUAGUUUGUUUUUCCUACAAACAAGUCAAUUCAUAAUUAAAAAUAUAAUAUUUUCUUUGUCGGGCGUCGCGAGGGAACUACAUUAAACAUGUCGAGGAACGCGGAGGAGGUGAACAAGCUCGCUGAAAGUACAUACAAGACCGUAAUGGAACAGUUCAACCCAGGACUGAGGAACCUGGUCAACCUGGGCAAGAACUAUGAAAAAUCAGUAGCAGCAAUGACCCUGGCAGGAAAGUUGUAUUUUGAUGCACUGACUAAGAUUGGGGAGAAUGCUGCAGUUUCUCCUGUCUCCAGAGAAUUAGGUGUAGUACUGACAGAAAUCUCAGAGGUCCACAGGAACGUUCAUCUUGAGCUGGAGGAAAACUUCAAGAGGUUCCACAGAGACAUAAUAGCUGAGCUGGAGAGAAAGACUGACAUGGAUGUCAAAUACAUGACAGCCACAUUUAAAAGAUACCAGAUGGAGCACAAGAUGAAGCAAGAUUCUCUGGAGAAGUCCCAGGCAGACCUGAAGAAGCUGAGGAGAAAGAGCCAAGGCAAGAAUGCGAACAAGUAUGAGAACAAGGAAAGCGAGUGUCUAGAAACGUUGGCAAGCCGACAGAUGGACAUGCAGUUGUUCGUCGCCGAUGGCUGUAAGGAGGCUCUGCUGGAGGAGAAGAGGCGCUUCUGCUUCCUUGUGGACAAACACUGCAUGUUAUCCUAUCAGUUCGCUUCCUUCCAUGACAAGGCCAGAGACAUACUGUCGGAAAAGCUGAGCACCUGGCAGGACCAGUGCAAAGAUGCCACCAAUAUGCCCGAGAGUGUUUUGUCAAUGAUUGAAGGGCUGCGUAAGCCAGUUCCCAUCACACCACUGCCCUCCCCGUCCCCGUCACGACACAGUGUGAACAUAUCUACUCCCCCGGCACCACCUAAGAAAGCUGAGCCCAGCCGUUUGGUUAAUAUGUUCAACCAGGAGAACAACCCCACCGCUGUAACCCCUCCUUCAAGCAACAGCACAGACCACGGGAACGGCGAGGACAGCAAUCUCGCCAGGUCUGUCUCUGUCGCCACAGGGCUCAACAAUAUGGUGAAGAGACCACGUGUGCGCACCAUCUUUCCCCAUACUGCGGGCAACAAUAACACACUGCUGAGCUUUGAAGAGGGAGACGUCAUUGUCCUGCUCAUCCCUGAUGAGAGAGACGGAUGGAUGUAUGGUGAAAUGGAGAAGAAUGGAAAGAGGGGCUGGUUCCCUUCAUCUUACUGCCGUGCUCUCACUGAGACACUCGUGAAUAACAGUGAGCCCGCCGCCCCGUACCGCAGCAGAAGUGUGGUUAACCUCCACCACCAGGACACGGAAACAGACGAGGCAACCAUGGUUCUCCCCCCAGCAGAUUACAGCGACAUCCCGCAACGCAGCACAAACAACAACACCUCGUCUGCCACAAAUAGCAAUCACCAUCACUCCCCCACGCCCUCUGUAGCCUCCUCGUCUGAUCACAGCACGGCGAGUCAGCCUAAUGGCACCGCAAGACCCCCGCCAGCUUUCCUCGCGGGAGGGAACCCUUUCGCCACAGUCAGGCUCCGUCCAACUGUCACCAACGACCGCUCCGCGCCAGUCAUCUGAUCUGUCCACAUUUCCACCCACACUCAACUCACACAAACCCUUGUCAAACUUCCUGUGUCAUCUUACUGUCCAGCAGCUUCUCCUGAUCUGGAUGAAAAUAAACUCUGAUAUGGAAGUACUUUGGGACCAUUUUGUUUACUGAACAGAUCCACAUAUAUUUAUGAAACAUAUAUAUAUAUUUUCUAUGUCUAUUUUUGCCCUUCUGUGGUGUUAAAUACUUACCACAUUCUGACCUGCACAUAAGAUAUAAAUGAAUAAAAACGGUCAAAGAGAGUAGUGGAAUUAUGUUGUUGCUUGUUCAUUGACAGAAAUGACUGUUAAGAGAUCAUUUGUUGCCAUAGGACGGUGGAAGAAAGUACUGUACAGGACCUCUGCAUUUCAACCUCGGGUCCAGAUGAUUGUUUAUGCUUAAUAUUGAUACGAUGUGGUACAGUGACUUGUCCUCUUGUGUAUAUACCUUCAUGUAUAUACAUUUGCACAACAGAUGCUUUGUCCUUAGCCAUCUAGCUUAACUACGGGAGCGUGGAGACCGCACUUCUGCCUUAACGACACAGUCAUACUUACUGCGAUAUGUUGCAUUCUUCAAACUGUCCAUACAAGAUGUUACAAUCACCUCAUCGUACAUUAUCUGUGAAAUCAGUGCUUCAUUGACUACACAAAACAAAACCAUCAGCGUGUGCACUUUCCCCCUGACACCCUUUAACAGGAAUUGCUGUAUGGAAAUAAAGAUCUAUUUCUUCA